CCUGGGGCAGCUGGGCUGAGAGGAGCCCGCAUCCGCAUCCAUCCAAUCCAUCGAUCCAUCGACAACCCCAACCAAGCUUGCAUGGCCGAGUGACCCUUCUUUCUCAAACGCACAUGCUCCUCACUUCUCUCUCUCAUUUCUCUCUCAGCUUCCUCGCUUUAUUUCGCUUUUCCAUUGCUCUGUGACUACGAUCUGAGUUUCUGGUAAAAGAAAGAAAAUUUUAAAGAGGGAUUUGCUGCUUGUUUUAGAAAGAUACCGAGUCAGGCUCCAAGUCUCAGACAGAUAGAUUUGGUUCCCUCUCAUUCCACACUCGCAAGCAAUCAUGGCUCCAGCAGCAUUGCAAGACGAAGCCCUCAUCAAGGCCCUCCGCGUCCCCCCACCUCCAGGAACACCAUACUCCCUACCGAUCCCCGGGAGCGAGAAGGAGAACCGCACAGCAGUCUACCGGCAUUGGCGAUUCGUCGACAGGCCUCUGCUCGAGUCCCUAGAUCCGCAGGCCCUCACCGCGCACGACGUCUUCGAGUCCACGGUCAAGAAGCGCCCGAAUGCUAGAUGUUUGGGGAGCCGGCCAUAUGAUCCUGUAACGAAGACGCACGCCAACAAGUUCGAGUGGAUUACUUACUCUGAGCUGGCGGAGCGGAGGAAAAACUUCGGCGCUGGUGUCGUUGAGCUGCAUAAGAAGGCGGGCGUUACGGAGGAGAAGUAUGGUGUUGGGCUUUGGUGUCAGAAUCGCCCCGAAUGGCAGGUUUCUGAUUUGGGAUGUAUGUCUCAAUCGCUUUUUACGGUUUCUAUCUACGAGACUCUUGGUCCAGAAACAACCGAAUAUAUCAUCAACCACGCAACACUCAAGUGUGUUAUUACAACGCUCCCACAUAUCCCAACGCUAUUGAAGCUUGCUCCCCGGAUACCAACUCUGAAGCUCAUUAUCUGUUUGGACCCCCUAGAUGCAGGAGAACAGCCAGGGAACUCAAAAGCCGCCAUCUUGAAUUCUCUUGCAGCAGAUUCAGGAAUCUCAAUCCACUAUAUCAAGGAUGUUGAGGCUCUGGGAGCUGCUUCUGGUCUGCCAAUGAAGCCACCCCGGCCAGACGAUAUUAUUACCAUCAACUACACAUCUGGAACAACAGGAAACCCUAAGGGAGUAGUUCUCACACAUGCAAAUGCCACGGCAGCAACUGCAAUUGCUCGAGUCACCAGCGAUACGCAAAACUGGGAUGUGUUGAUCUCUUACCUACCUCUAGCACACAUCUACCAGCGAGUUGCAGAACAUGGCGCCCUCUCCGCCGGCUGCGCCAUUGGAUAUUUCCGUGGUGACAUUCUUGGUCUAGUAGACGACAUGAAGAUUCUCCGUCCCACAGGCUUCAACUCCGUUCCACGUCUGUACAACAGAUUUGGUGCUGCUCUACGAGCCGCAACUCUCGAGGCACCAGGUCUCAAGGGUGCGAUGGGCCGCCAUGUCAUCAACACCAAGCUCGCCUCCAUGAAACUCCCUCCAGGACAGGCAACGAACAAGCAUAUGUUCUGGGACCGAGUCUUCACUCCAAAGGUAGCCAGCGUCUUCGGUUUCCAGCGCUGCCGCGGUAUGGUCACUGGAUCUGCUCCAAUCGACCCCUCGCUUCAUCAGUUCCUCCGCGCAGCAUUCGGCAACGACUUCAUCCAAGGUUACGGCCUAACUGAAUCCUACGCAGUCGGCCUCGCCCAACUGGAAGGAGAUUUUUCCGCGGGAAAUUGCGGCGCCGUCGGUGUCGGAAUGGAAAUCUGUCUACAAUCCGUGCCAGACAUGGAGUACAUGGUAACCGACUCUCCCAAUCCCCGCGGAGAGCUCCUUCUGCGAGGCAACGCCCGAUUCAGGGAAUACUACCGCAAUCCCGAGGAGACUGCCAAGGCCAUCAUCGACGACGGCUGGUUCCGCACAGGCGAUAUCGCGGAGAUCGAUUCCAUGGGCCGAGUCAAGAUCGUGGACCGGGUGAAGAACGUCCUCAAGCUCGCGCAGGGCGAGUACGUAUCCCCCGAACGAAUCGAGAACGUCUACCUCGCCAACACCAACAUCCUCGCGCAAGCGUUCGUGCACGGCGACUCGACGCAAGCGUUCCUCGUUGCUGUAUUCGGUGUUGACCCCGUGGCGUUUGCGCCGUUCGCUAGUGCUAUUUUGAAGAAGACUAUCAAGCCGGAUGAUCUGGAUGCGAUUAAGGCUGCGGCGAAGGAUAACAAGGUUCGCAAGGCGGUGGUGAAGGAGCUGGAUAAGAUUGGGAAGAAGAAUAAGUUUAAUAGCUAUGAGAAGGUGCGGGCUGUGCAUUUGGAGAUUGAGCCGUUUACCAUUGAGAAUGAGUUGUUGACUCCGACAUUAAAGCUCAAACGCCCACAAUCAGCCAAGAAGUUCCGCCCACAAAUCGACUCCAUGUACGAGGAAGCUCUGGCUGAGGAGACGCCCAGAGCCAAGUUGUAGAUAAGAUAAGAUAAGGAGAAAACAAAUAGAAAAAUAUGUUCUGAUAUGCGAAUUGGCUUGUAUCCCGCUUCGAACAUGUGACUUUUUGAUGCAUGAGAAGGGGAGAGAUCGAGAGUACGAGAGUACGCAAAAUGUGUACUAGGUAGGGAGGGAAAGAGAAAGUGGCAUGACUUGACUUGACUUGACAUGAUAUAACAAUUGAUUCAUUCUCGCUAUUGCGACUCAUCCUGGCAGGGAGAUACGUGGGUGCUGCGACGGAGGUAGAAAUGUUGUGUAAAUUGUAACAAGGACAGCAAGAACGAACGAAAGAAUGAAAGAAUCACAUCUCUCUCUCUGUGGGAC